CACGAGUUCGUUGUCGGUCGCAGCGCUCGGGAGCUCCCUGCGGUCUGUAUGUGUGUGCACGGCUCCGCUGACUUUCGCUGGGUCGUCAUUUGCCUAGUUUUGCGCGCUUCUGUGUAGUUUCGUACAUUCUUUACAUUCUUGAGUGGAACUGGCGUCCCAGCACGGCCUCACCUCCGUCUCGCGACUGUCUUGUUGGCGCGUGUGGCACUCCUCAGCAGACGGGGUGGACUGCUGAAGUUGAGGCGCCGGAGCUGCGGGUCGGCUCGGCCCGGCCCGGCUCGGCUCAGCUCGUGUGUGCGCUUCCCGGGAGGCGCGCGCUGAACGAGCGCGCAGGCAGCACACAGGUGACGGGCGGAAAGCCGCAGAAAGCGGCGAGGAAACAGUGACCAGGAGGGAGUAACGGGGAAUAAGAGCGGCCGAGAGGAGAGAGAGCUUCACCAUAGCGCGCCCGGCGGCGGUGUCCCAAUCGUGAGCCCGCGACGGGACAGCAGUCAGUGUGUGUUCCUGGACUGCUGCCUUCGCUACUGACGUGUUUACGCUGCGUGUGAGCCGGACAGACAGUGGAGCACCGUGCCGUCUGCUUCGCGCUUCUCGUUUUUGUCAACACUCCUUGUGUAUUUUUAUUACUACUGUUAUGGUCGCACCACUGGCAUUGGGGCUUUGAAGGGGCUCUUGUUCAUGGGAACAGUGCGAUUCCCGGCUGCCCCUCGCCCGGGACUGCCGUCGCUUUUCGUCCGUCUCUCUCCGCAUUUGAUUUGCUGUGAUCUCCUAAGCGACCGUUUGUGAACGGGACAGCGGAGGAGCUCAGCCGGCGCGCGACCCCAUGGAGCAACUGCGGGUGAAGGACCGAAUCCUGGAGAACAUCUCCCUGUCCGUGAAGAAGCUGCAGAGUUACUUUGCUGCCUGCGAGGAGGAGACACCAGCCAUCCGCAACCAUGACCGUGUCCUGCAGCGCCUUUGCGAGCACCUGGACCAUGCCCUACUUUAUGGGCUGCAGGAUAUCUCCUCAGGCUACUGGGUGCUGGUUCUGCAUUUCACCCGCAGGGAAGCAGUGCGACAGAUUGAGGAGCUCGAGCACAUUGCCACCAACCUUGGUCGCAGCCGAGCCUGGCUCUACCUGGCCCUGAGUGAGAGCUCGCUGGAAAGCUACCUUCGCCUCUUCCAAGAGAACCAAGCUUUGUUGCAGAAGUACUAUUUCAAAAAUGCCUUGGUAUGCAGCCAUGAUCACCUGACACUCUUCCUGACUCUUGUGUCAGGACUAGAGUUCAUUCGAUUUGACCUGGAGCUGGAUGUGCCCUACUUGGAUGUGGCCCCCUACAUGCCAGAGUACUACAAGCCUCAGAAUGUGUUGGACUUCGAGGAGAGGUUGCCAAGCUCAGAUAGCUUAUCUCUGCACUCCUUCACUUCUCUGACCUCAACCAACCUGGAGUGGGAUGACAGUGCCAUUGCUCCAUCCAGCGAGGAUUAUGAUUUUGGUGACAUCUUCCCUGUGUUGCAGUCAAUGCCAAGUGCAGACUGGGAAGAAGGUGAUCUUACUGACCCAACUAGCUGUCCACACUCGACUGCUUCAGACCCUCAGUCAGUAGUCAGCGCUAAACUAGAGAUGGUUGCCAAGGGGUCUGGUGGACGAGGUGUCCCAGCACCACGGAGUCCCACAUUUCGGCACAACCCCUUCAACGAAGAGUCCGACACAAACAGGUCUGGUGACGUGACACCGAUACACAAAGUGAGCCAACCAGACACUGCUCCUGGGUGGGAAACAGAGAACACAGGCACAGAGCUAGAGGUCAUCAGGGUGGCUCGCCGUAGAAAGCCAGGCAAGCGACGCCGUGGGCACGUAGUCUCGGAGCCUGUGAACAGCCAGGAUGACAUGUUGCUCAACCAUUCCCAAGGCCAGAGUGCACCCACACCUUCCCAGGCCUGGAGGACCUCCAACAGGACCCAGGAUUCUGAAGAGGAUGAAGUGGACGAUGAAGCUGAGGCCUUGCUUAGGCUCCCAGAAAUGAUGGACACCUCCAUGAAUAGUGUGGGGCAGUCAUUGCGGCAGGUUGUGGAUCAGCUUAAUGAACCUCUGGAUGGACAGGCCUGGGAGCAGGUAGAUGAUGGAGAAGCAGAUGGAGUUGCUCCUGGUCCACACCUCCCACAGCAGCAGCCCUUUCAGGGGGAUGCUGAGGAUGAGCCACCAGAUCGGCCAGGAAGUCCAGACCCAGGCUUCUUCCAGUCCCUGCAGGCUCCUGCAGACUUCUACUGCUUUACCACCCGCAGUCCAGAUUCUGCUGCCCCAGGUGGUAGCUGCUAUGACCCUGCAGGGGAUGGCCAACGGGAGGUUGCUUCAGGUAGCCAUGAGAAUGAGAAGAAAGAUAAAGGAAAGCAAGGACAGGCAUCCACCCCAGCCAUAGUGCCGCAGGAAGAGCAGGAGGAAGCAGAGUCUCUGGUAGUGGAGAACGGCCAUACUCCUGGAGCACAAGAGGUGGACAAUGAGGAAGAAGAGGGGACAAACCCAGUAAAUGACAGUCACCCAGCAGAGUUCAGGGUGGACAACAAUCAUUUGCUCUUGCUGAUGAUUCAUGUCUUCAGAGAGAAUGAGGAGCAGCUCUUCAAGAUGGUGAGGAUGAGCACAGGCCACCAGGAGGGUGACCUUCAGCCCCUCUACCUCUUGCUCUCAGACUGCUAUGUCUACCUGCUGCGCAAAGGUGCAGCAGAGAAGCCCUACACAGUGGAAGAGGCAGUGUCCUACAACGAGCUGGACUACAUCUCUGUGGGCAUGGACCAGCAGACAGUCACGCUUGUGUGCACUAACCGGAGACGUCAGUUCCUGCUGGACACUGCAGACUCAUCGCUAACUGUCUGGUUUCUGGGUGUCCUGCGGUCUGCCAUGGUAAAGGGCUGCCGAGAGCCCCCUUACCCCUCAGUGCUGACUGAUGCCACCAUGGAGAAGCUUGCACUCACAAAGUUUGUGUCCCAGGAGUCACACUGUGAGGUAUCUGAAGUCUCAAUCCAGCUGUAUGCUUUGGUCCACUGGGAGGACCCGAUGGAUAUGAAUGUGGCCACACCAAUGGCCUUGUGCAGUCCUUUCGGCUGUAGUACAACCAAAGAGGGACAUCUGCUUUACCGUGCUGGGACCACCUAUUUGGGCAAGGAACAGUGGAAGAGCUGCUACAUGGUGCUUAGCAAUGGGAUUCUGUAUCAGUACUCAGACCGAACAGAUGCCAAACCACUUCUGUCAGUGACCAUGGGGGGUGAGCACUGUGGAGGUUGCCGGCGUUCCCACUCGUCUGAGAGGCCACAUGCCUUCCAGGUUAUCCUGACAGAUCGCCCUCCGCUGGAGCUCAGUGCGGACAAUGAGCAGGACAUGGCAGACUGGAUGCAGCUGCUCUGUCAGUCCGUCUCCAAAGGGAUCACCCCACAAGGUGUAGCACCCAGCCCUUGUAUCCCAUGCUGUCUUGUUAUGACAGACAAGAAAUUGCUGACCUGUCAUCAGGACUGCCAGACAAGUUUCUUCCGCUCACUUGGAGGGGUUGAGCUCUGUGACGUCACUGCUGUCUGUGUGGAGAGAGACAAGGAGUAUUGUGUCAUUGAGUUUGCAGAAGACAGAUCCCACUUUCUGCCUCCAUGGGUCCUCUACUUCAGCAGCUGCAGAGAAAGAGAUCGCCUGUUAGGGGUGCUGGAGAGGGUCUGGAAUGACAUCUUUAAGGUGUGCCUGUCUCGCAAGGAUGUGUCAGACCCACUGGUACAGAAGAAGUGUGGCGAGGCGCUGGCUCUGAUGAGAAGUACCUGGCAGCGAAGCGACAGCCUUCACCGCGGCCGAGCCCACAGGGAGCCCUGGUGCUGAAGGGAGCUUAAGUGUGCACUGCUAACAGUGCUGAUAGCUGCUGCAAUGCUAACAUGGGUACGACUGGUGCCCUGCUGGGUCAACCAGACCAGAGCUUCACACCGCAUACCCACAGCUCUUACUCUGCAAAUAAGUUAUUUACUGUGGAAGGGUAAACCUUAUUCUAUCAGAAGCAGCUACAAGCUUUGAGCCUGGUCUGGUUUACUAGCGGAAGUAGUCAUGGGGCCCUUCAUUGUAUUGGCCCAUGUCGCACAAUACAUGCAUCAAACACUUUAGGUUUACGUUUGAUUUUUUUGGUGUGAAUCUCAUGGGAGUGCUGCUGUAGAGUAAAGCACUCCUCUGUGCCUGACACAUUCAGUUUUUUUUAGACAGAAAGUGUUACUGUAAAUAUGUUGAAAUCAUGAUAUGUGAGGAACUGGUGAAAGUUUGCAGUAUCACUGAAAUGCAGUUUGCACAAGUUGGACAGUUCCUCAUGAUUGCAGUGGGUUCUGUUUGCUUGUCUUCCACCAUUUAUAAAAAAACAACAAAAAAAAAAAAAA